AUGAAAAAUGAGGAUGCCUCUUCAAACGGCAAUCUGAUAAAUGCGUCCAUUCAAAAGGACGGCAAAGAAACAAGAAAGAGAUCCCGUUCGAGUUCAGGAGUUAGUUCCAGGUCACAUUCCCUGGGUUCACUGCUGAAGAUGGCCGAAAAAACGGCAAAAGAGGGUGUAAGCACAUUUCGGGAGUCAGAAAAAGGCGAUAAAGAAUAUCAGUCGAGUUUGAGCACCUCCAAAAGCGGGAAAGAACUAUCACCCAAAAUAAGUCCUCGCUCAGAGGAGGAUCCUGUUACAAAAAUCGAUACACAGUCAACCCCAAGGAGGAUAUCGUGGGUUUUUUGGAGUUCUGCAAAGCAGAAUGUAUCUGGCCGAAAAGAGAACAUGGGUGAAGGAACAAGUUCUGGGAAGGGAAGCCAAGAAUUGAAAGAAAGCUUGCUAGAUCGCAAAAAUGCUACAGUUACUUCUAAGGCUUUGAACAGCGACUCUUUAGGGUUUGAAAACGAGACUCCAAAGCGAAGAUCGUCUUCCUGGUCGUUCUGGGGGCAAAGGCAGGAAAAAUAUGCAUUCACGUUUGAGCCGAAUGUGAUAGUUCAGUCAACUGCAAAGCCGAACAGUUCACCAGAAGCAUCUAGACAAGUUAUAGACGACGAGAAUGAAGAUGGAAAAGGAAAGAACGAUAAGAAUGGCAAGCAGAAGAAGCAGAAAAGACCGAAUAUCAUAGUUCCGUCAUUCCGAGAAACAAUCCAGCCAAAGAGUGCACUGACGUCAAUUAGUAACGGGAUUAAAAGAGUGAAGGUGAUGCUUGGAUACCCAAAGGAGCAACAGCUGCAUUUAUACAGGAGAUUGUACCCGAUGCAGUUUAAACGGAUACUGAUUAUCGGAAUACACGGCUUUUUUCCUACAAAAGUGCUCCGCCCGAUUCUCGGUGCACCAACUGGUACAUCAACCCGAUUCGCACAUGUUGCUGAGAAGGCGGUACUCGAAUGGGCGAAAAAGAAUGAAAUGAGUGUGAAAAUCCAGAAGAUAGCACUACAGAAAGAGGGGAAAGUCUUUGAUCGGGUGAAUUUCUUCUUUGACAUAAUGAAAAAGUACGAAGAGCAGAUCAAGCAGGCUGACUUUAUAUUUGUGUGUGCCCAUUCACAGGGCACACCUGUGGGAAUUAUCCUUAUGUCAAAGCUUUUGGAGCACGGGAUAAUCGGAGCCGAUCAGAAAAUUGGGAUAUUAGGAAUGGCCGGUAUUAACAACGGGCCAUUUCAUGGAAUGGAGCAGUCACUAUUUGUUCGUGCGUACUCAACUUUCGAGAACGAGUCCAUGCUUGAGCUUUUCCGCUUUCAGAACUUCGAGAGUCCUCAAAGCAGGAAAUACUUGGAGAGCGUACGCAAUCUAGUGAGGCACAAUGUGAGAAUUACGUAUGUUGGCUCUAUUGACGACCAACUGGUUCCACUAUACUCAUCUAUCGCGUCGCAUGUGAAGCACCCGAACAUUUUCAAGGCCGUCUACAUAGAUGGAGGGUCUGAUACGCCUGAUUUUGUUUCUCGAAUCGUGAAACUUUCAUGCAUGCUUCAAAACCUGGGAUAUUCGGACCAUGAUGUGAUAAAAGAGAUCAGUUAUGCUUUGGCAGGGCCGUUAACAGGCGGAGGCCACUCCAGGAUCUACAAUGACUUGAAUGUGUACAAGUUGGCAUUAGAUUUCAGCCUUGAUACCGAGGAUUCAGCUUUGGUUGUGCAGCAACCAGUCACUUUUAAGCCAUUUGACAUGAAGAGACUAGGAUCCAAUCCAUUCAACCUUCCAUGGUGCGUACGAGGUCUUUUUUUCGAAGCAAUCAAAAGGCUACGGCAUGGUAACCAUGAGAUUGAGAUGGUUUUUCGUGAAUUUGACGAUUGGAAUCCAGAUUCCAAGGUGUUGAAGGAUGUCAAGUAUAGGCUAAAUGGAAUUAAAGCAAAGUUAUAA